AUGCGUAUCUUUGCUUUCGCCACGGCAGCGUCAUUUCUCCCUCGGCAGUUGCCGUCAUCAUCACCUGCCAGAUGCCGAUCGACAAAUCGCAAGAGACCAACCACCUGUCUCACUCCGCCGGCCAGCAGCGUCCCAUCCGAUGCCUCAGCGGCAAACAACAAGUUCCGUGCGCCGCGCGGACAAGUCUUCCUCGUAGGCACAGGCCCCGGCGAUCCUGGGCUACUAACGCUGAAAGCCGUGCACUUACUGCGGACCGCUCAAGUAGUCCUUUACGAUCGCCUCGUCUCCGACGAUAUUCUCUCCUUUAUCAACCCCUCAGCGGAGAAGGUGUGUGUAGGAAAAGGGCGAAAUCUCGGGACGGGGAGCCAGAGAUCGAUACAGGAGCAAAUCGCGUACCACGCGUCUCUGGGCAAGCGAGUUGUGCGGCUGAAGGGCGGAGACCCCGCCAUUUUCGGGCGGCUGGGCGACGAAUUGAGCUAUUUGCGUGGGGAGAAAGGGAUUGAGGCGGGCGUGGUGCCGGGGUUGACGGCGGCCUCAGGUGCCGCAGCGAGUCUUGGUUUUCCAUUGACGCACGGCGGUGUGUCUGAGGAACUGCGGUUGAUCACCGGGCAUAGUGGGAGGGAUAAGCAGUUUGAGAUUGCGCAGGUAACGGAAGGCUCUACGCUCGUGGUUUAUAUGGGAUUGCGGGAGAUGGGGGCGACGCUCGAGACGUUGCAGAAGCGAGGGGCGCGUAAAGACCUGCCAGCAGUGGCGGUUCAGGGCGCGACGACAGCUGCCCAACGCGUGGUCUGGGGCAGAGUAGAGAACCUGGCCGCUAGAGUAGAGCAGGUUGGGCUGAAGAGCCCGACCGUCGUCAUUAUCGGAGAAGUUGUGCGCAUGGCACAUGAGUGGGAAGAAACUGCCAAGUGA